AUGAGCGAAUUGUUGGAUUUGGAAGAGGAAAAUACACCAAUACCUUGCCUCACAAAUCCACAAAACUUAAACUGGAUUUUUUCUGAACGUGGUCAAGCAUUUUUUCGCAAGGUUCUUAAUACCGUUGGUCUUGCAGAGAGCGAGACGAUGGAGUCCAGGGCGGCAAGAGCGAUAUUUUAUCACGCCAAGAAAACUCAAAAAAGUAUCGAUGUUGCUGUUGAAUUUUUGAAGGAGAUAUCAACCUGUUUUCAG